AAAAAGCAACACCUCCCCUUUUUUUAUUUUCGAAAGCAACUUGAAAAAAAAUAUAACAAAACAGCAGCCAACCAAGUGGGUCCGAACCCAACCCCCUGAGGCCGAGUCCUUGCCUCUGUCCAUCCGUGUAGGAUAUGGCCUCCAACAGCAUCUUCGACUCCUUCCCCAACUAUACACCAACCUUCAUACGAGACCCGAGCACCAGCCGCCGCUUCACUCCCCCCUCCACGGCCUUCCCCUGCGGCGGCGGCGGCGGCGGCGGCAAGAUGGGCGAGAACAGCGGCGCGCUGAGCGCGCAGGCGGCGGCGGGCCCCGGCGGCCGCACCCGGCCCGAAGUGCGCUCGAUGGUGGACGUGCUGGCGGACCACGCGGGAGAGCUCGUGCGCACCGACAGCCCCAACUUCCUCUGCUCCGUGCUGCCCUCGCACUGGCGCUGCAACAAGACGCUGCCGGUCGCCUUCAAGGUGGUAGCACUGGGGGAUGUGCCUGACGGAACGGUGGUGACCGUGAUGGCCGGCAAUGAUGAGAAUUACUCCGCCGAGCUGCGCAACGCUUCCGCCGUCAUGAAGAACCAAGUGGCCAGGUUCAACGACCUUCGCUUUGUGGGCCGCAGUGGGCGAGGGAAGAGUUUCACGCUCACAAUCACCGUGUUCACCAACCCUACCCAAGUGGCCACCUACCACCGAGCCAUCAAGGUCACCGUGGAUGGACCUCGGGAACCCCGACGGCACCGGCAGAAGAUAGAGGACCAGACCAAGGCCUUCCCCGACCGCUUCGGAGACCUGCGCAUGCGUGUGACACCAAGCACCCCCAGCCCCCGGGGCUCCCUCAGCACCACGAGCCACUUCAGCAGCCAGGCCCAGACCCCAAUCCAAGGCUCCUCAGACCUGAACCCCUUCUCGGACCCCCGCCAGUUUGACCGCUCCUUCCCUACGCUGCAGAGCCUCACAGAGAGCCGCUUCCCGGACCCCAGGAUGCACUACCCGGGAGCCAUGUCUGCCGCAUUCCCCUACAGCGCCACACCAUCGGGCACCAGCCUGGGCAGCCUGAGCGUGGCGGGCAUGCCGGCCAGCAGCCGCUUCCACCACACUUACCUCCCUCCGCCCUACCCCGGCGCCCCGCAGAGCCAGAGCGGGCCCUUCCAAGCCAAUCCCGCGCCCUACCAUCUCUUCUAUGGUGCCUCCUCCGGCUCCUACCAGUUCUCUAUGGCAACUGCGGGAGGUGGCGAGCGCUCGCCCACCCGCAUGCUGACCUCCUGCCCCAGCGGCGCCUCGGUGUCAGCAGGCAACCUCAUGAACCCCAGCCUGGGCCAGGCUGAUGGCGUGGAAGCCGACGGCAGCCACAGCAACUCGCCCACGGCCCUGAGCACGCCGGGCCGUAUGGACGAGGCCGUGUGGCGGCCCUACUAAGCACUCUGGGGACUCUCUGGCCAGCCAAACCCAUCCCUCUAGCCUGAGGCUACAAGAAGAAACAGACUUUGGCUUGGUCCCAGGGGCCAGAGCUGGCGAUGGCUUCCAGAGCUCUGCCCAGCCACAAGUUUGAACAGAGGAUGUGGGGACCUCCCACAGGACCCUGCUCCAGCCCAGAUCGAUGUCCGCACUCCCUGUGUACCGCAAACCCGCCUCUGUUGUCUCCAUCCAUGCCCAGGAUUAAUUCCGGAGUCAGAGGCUACCCCCGCCCUUGAGGGAGAGGACCUUUACUGGCAACAGACGUUCAGGCUUAGAGAUGACUGGACUUUCACCCUCCACCUUGAGGAACAGCCCUCCCUUGGCAUCCAUUACCCAUCAAGCCAACUGGAAACUCCAACCCCUGGGAAGGUCUCUAGAGAGGGAGGAGACAGCGGGCACGGGAGGAGACAGCGGGCACGCGCACGUGCACACACACACACAGACACACACACACAAGAGUCCCCAACUUGACUUCCCCAUGAUUCUAGGCAAGCAGCCACUGGAGUUCUAGCUUCCCUAAAAACACCAGGCCCUGGAGCAGACUCAUCCCAGGUGGCAGGUCCCUAAAGCAAAGAAGGCCUCAAUACUGUCCAGCACACUCCAGCCUCAAUUGCCUACUGGGUUCUCAGGGGCAGAGGGGUCUUGGCAGAAAGUCUUACCUAGCAAGCAGGGCCAACCUUGUCCAGCCAAGCUGUGCUCUGGGCCUUGUGUCCUAGGCCUCAGUCCCGCUCCAAACUUGUUUGUACCUAGAAGCAAACAACCUUGACCCAAAAAAAAGGUAACUCUACCAAGCAUCUAAACCUCUGACAGGUAGCGGUCUGUGUGUACGAAAGCCCAACCCCCUGCUAGUGUGAUAUCAUCAGGACCCUGCCACCAGGGUCUGGACCUCACAUUCCUCACAGAAGGGGACAAGACCUCCAGGAGUCUCUGGUGAGGUGUGCAACAGCAAAGCAGUGUCCAAGCAGAGGUCAGAUGUCCUCUUAGAUCUGUGGGGGAUUGUCAGUGGGAAAGGUUAAAAGGCCCUUACCAGAGCUGGCCCACAGCUGGUUUUUCAAGCUAAGUGAGCCACAUCCUCUGUGGCCAUUGAAGUCUCCUUUACAAGGCUCCUUAGUCAUGGCCUCUGUCGUGUGCCUGGCCUUCCCCAUUGCCUGCACCUGUAACAGCCACAUACACACUCUGGCAGGUCAGGGCAUCCCGUAAAUCCUGAGUAGAUACCUCCGGUUAUAGUUUCUCUUGUCCCACCCUUACUGGAGGAAAAAAAAAAUUCUAUCUCUUGGAAGUAGCUGAGGUAAUCUUCCAGCUCCCUGCACCCAGAGGGGCCUUCUCACCUCUUCUCAGGAAACAGCUACGAUCUGUCGCCCUCCUACCUGCUUCACUACUGGUCCAUGGUGCAGACUAUCCCAACUCACCAAGAAAGGUACUUUCAGGGUCCCAGCGCCUAGCACUAUGUAAGCCAUCCCAGACAACUCCCCUUCCUGAUACCCAAAUGCGGGUGGAGAUAGAAAGUCACCCCACCUCCAUCAGCUCCUUUCUCAUCCCUGAUUAACAGUGAAGGCUGAGUCUGUCGUGGGUCUGGUCCUACAGUGAGCCCAGGCAGCCCAGGCUGGUAAAAAAGAAAAAAAGAAAAAGAAAAGAAAAUGGGUCCUUAUUUGCAAGGCUACUUUAAAAUGCUACUUGAAAGCACAGACUAAAAAGAAAGCACAGGGAACCUGAGGGAUUGAUACAGUGUCACUGUGUGGGGGUGGGUACCUAUCCUUCAUGACAUUGUUACCCUGAGGUACCCUACCUGCUGUGAGCAGAUCUUCCUGAUGUGGGCUCCACGCUGAGGGAUAGAAGAGGGCCUGCUUUGCACUAUAGGCUGCUUGUGUGUUUGUUUUUUAUGCACAACUUGCUUGUACAGGUCAGCUGCCCAUCUUGGGUACUAUUUAACUGUAAAAUGAAAAUUGUAUUUGUUACAAUAAUAUAACAGCUGCCUUGAA